UCACCCAAGACUAAAAAUGAACAGGACUGCUUAAGAUAUGGUAAAACGGGCAGCUUUCAGUUGGAUGAUUUUAUAGCUGGAUGGGUAGGAGGAGCCGCAGGUGUUAUUGUGGGACAUCCUUUGGACACAGUAAAGACUCGCUUACAAGCUGGGCAAGGCUAUGGAAACACAUUUAACUGUGUCCGCACUAUAUACAAAAAUGAAGCUGUUACUGGUUUUUUUAAGGGAAUGUCUUUCCCAUUAAUCAGCAUUGCUGCUUAUAAUUCAUUGGUAUUUGGUGUCUUCAGCAGUACCCAAAGGUUUAUUUGCCAACAUCGUUAUGGAAAACCUAACCAUCCUCCUGCACUUACAGAUAUAACUUUAGCAAGCAUGGUAACUGGAGCUUUCUCAGUAGGAAUUGGUUGCCCAGUUGACCUAGUCAAAAUAAGGCUACAGAUGCAGACACAGACUUUUCCUAAGGCCAACCUGGAAAUGAAGCACAAAGCAACUGGCAUUUCAGUACAGGCAGCCUACCGAGGUCCCAUUCACUGUGUCGCUACCAUUCUUCAGCAGGAAGGUUUGCCAGGCCUCUUUCGAGGUACGACUGCCAUGCUUCUGAGGGACGUCCCAGGAUACUGCCUCUACUUUAUCCCUUACGCAUUGGUUUCUGUCUGGAUCACUUCAGAAGAAUGUCUUUCUCCCACUCCCUUCGCAGCAUGGAUGGCUGGUGGCAUUGCAGGAAUCAUAUCUUGGGGAACAGCAACUCCUAUGGAUGUUGUGAAAUGUCGUAUCCAAGCAGAUGGAGUUUACUUAAACAAAUACAAAGGAGUCAUUGACUGUAUCUAUCAAAGUUACAAUACUGAAGGUCUAAAAGUCUUUUUCAGAGGUCUUACAGUGAAUACAGUGCGAGGAUUCCCUGUAAGUGCUGCCACAUUCCUUGGAUACGAACUUUCACUCAAAGCCUUAAGAAAAGAAGCCGAGACAAAUCCUUGAAUUCCAGGUCAGUUUCACAGAACCUUGAGCACUUCUAAAUAUGUUCCAUCAGCACAA